AUGGCGAGUAGCUUAACCAAGUUCGACACAGGUCAUGAAGAUCUUAUUCAUGAUAUUUCAUACGACUUUUACGGCAAACGAUUAGUAACAUGCUCCUCGGAUCAGCGCAUCAAAGUCUGGGAUUUCAUCGAACGACCUGAUGCUUCAGUCUGGGAGCUGAACGAUGCAUGGAAAGCACACGACGCAUCCAUCCUCAAGGCAAUUUGGGCGAGACCUGAAUACGGACAAGUGAUUGCUAGUUGCUCGUUUGAUAGGCAAGUAAAAAUUUGGGAAGAGCAGACAGUGGAACCGAGAAAUAGUCAAAAACGUUGGGCAGAACGAUUUCGUCUCGUAGAAUCGAGAGGGGCUGUACUUGACAUUGCAUUUGCACCAACACAAAACUCGCUUCGAUUAGCCACUUGCUCUUCAGACGGCAUUGUACGUAUUUACGAAGCACUUGAGCCCACAAACCUCGCUCAAUGGUCCCAAAUGGAAGAGUUCGAGAUUUCAAGUGUGUCGUAUCAAAGUGCUGAUUCAAAGUUGCAAUCGGGCAUUGGUCAGCUUCAGCAGCAACAGCAGCAGCGACAACAGCAACAGCAGCAAUUACAGCAAAAUCAACCUCAACCCAUGCUACAACAACAGCAGCAAUUACAACAGCAACAACAACCAUCACAGCAACAGAUUUCGCAAUAUGGAUUCCAUCAAUCCAACGCACAAAGCUCCUAUCAGCAACAAUCUCAGAUUCCGAUGGGACAUCCGUACGCUUCAGCGAACCAAGUACCCCAGCAUCCAUUUGGACAACAGCCCGUUCAUACCAACAGCACAAGCUCCAGCGGGAGCUCCAUUGCCAGCCAUGGGUUAUCUACACCUGGGGUAUCCGACAUCCCCACCAUGACGAGUACAGCGACGGCUGGUUAUGUGCAGGGAGUGUCGCCAGGAUCAUCCGCUGGAAUUGCUGGUGUACCCACAGCAGUUGUGAGUAACAUCCAUCGACCUAUAGACGCUGAUAGUGGGUAUUGUAUAGACUGGUGUCCCAAUAGAACGCCUGCGCCCAUGAUGGUAGUAGGCGUUGGUAAAGAGAUUGGCGCAAGGAUUUUCAAGCAUGAUGGGCAUAAUAGAUGGAUACCAUCAGAGUUCCUACCGGGCCAUACACAAGAAGUGCAUGAUGUCAGCUGGGCACCCAGCAUGGCGAGAUCAUAUCAAUUGAUUGCAACUGCGAGUAAAGAUAAUUUGGUGCGCAUCUACAAACUGACAGAGCAACUAUUACCUUUGCAGCAGCAACAGCAGCAACAACAGCAACAACAGAGAGGCCGUGUGCCCAAUUCACCGGCCGGCACACCAACCCAGUCUAGUGGAUCUGCCAGUAAAUCAUACCACAUUGAGUUGAUUGCUUCAUUUGAUGACCACAAGGCAGAAGUAUGGAGAGUGGAAUGGAACAUUACAGGCACUAUCUUGUCUUCUUCUGGCGAUGAUGGUAAAUUGAGGCUAUGGACUGCAGGCUAUGAUGGAAAAUGGAGACAAAUGGCUUCAAUCACUGCAAAUACACAAGUGCCUUCUGCUUCAUAG